AUGUUUACAUUCACCCCACUGCUUGGCGCGCAGUAUUCGCAAUCUAAAGCGUCGCAGUCGAUUAUUGAGCUUGAUGGAGGCGUGAAGAUCCUGAUCGAUGUUGGCUGGAACGAGACUUUUGACACCACCUCUCUUAAAGAACUUGAAAAGCAUAUUCCCACACUCUCACUAAUUCUCCUGACUCACGCGACACCAUCUCACAUUGGCGCUUUUGUCUACUGUUGCAAAACAUUUCCUCUAUUCACCCAGAUUCCUGUCUAUGCGACGACUCCUGUGAUUGCAUUUGGCCGAAGUCUUCUUCAAGAUCUCUACGCAUGCGCGCCUUUAGCAUCGACGUUUCUGCCCACGACGACUUCGAUACCGAAAGAAAAUGGAGCCGAAUCCACAACAUCAUCCAGCUCAUCAGAUCCCAAAACUGUUCAACCCGAGAGCACAACCUCGGAUCCUACCGGUUCUGACCGAAUCUUACUUCCUACUCCUACUUCCGAAGACAUCGCUCGCUACUUUUCGCGUAUAAAUCCUUUAAAAUACUCACAGCCACACCAACCUAUACCGUCGCCCUUCUCACCUCCCCUCGCGGGCCUGACAGUCACUGCGUAUAAUGCCGGGCAUACUGUGGGCGGCACAAUUUGGCACAUUCAACAUGGAAUGGAAUCCAUCGUGUACGCUGUUGACUGGAACCAAGCCAGAGAAAAUGUGAUCGCCGGUGCUGCUUGGUUUGGAACUUCGGGCUCAAAUAGGACGGAAGUUAUCGAACAGCUCCGGAAACCCACAGCCUUGGUUUGCAGCGCGAAUGGUGGUGAUAAGUUUGCGCUUGCUGGAGGUAGAAAAAAGCGGGACGAGCUAUUGCUGGAUAUGAUUCGAAGCUGUGUUGCAAAGAAUGGAACUGUUCUAAUACCGACGGAUACCAGUGCUCGGGUUCUCGAAUUGGCCUAUGUGCUCGAACAUGCGUGGCGAGAGGCAGUCAGCAGUGGAGAUGAAGAGAAUUCCUUGAAGAAGGCUACAUUACAUUUGGCAGGAAAGAAGGUUCAUGGCACUAUGAGGCUCGCUCGUAGUAUGCUGGAGUGGAUGGAUGAAAGUAUCGUUCGUGAAUUCGAAGGUGGCGAUGCCGGUGAUGCUCCCGGAAAGCUUUCGAACGGGCAACAACAAAAGGGGGCCCACGGCCAAGCGGCAGAUAAAGAGGGGCAAGCGGCACACAAAGGACUUGGGCCUUUCACAUUUAAACAUUUGAAAAUCAUCGAGAGAAAAGCAAAGCUGGAUACCAUUUUGGACUCAAGCGGCCCGAAAGUGAUUCUCGCCUCAGAUAGUUCCUUCGACUGGGGGCUGAGCAAAGAUGCGCUGCGGCGUAUAGCACAGGGGCCUGAAAAUCUCAUAAUUCUGACUGAGUGUUCGAGCAGCACAGCUGAUGGCUUGUCUGAAACGGCUGGAGAAAGCCUUGCUCGAACCAUCUGGAGAUGGUUUGGGGAGCGGAAAGACGGCGUUGCUCUCGAAAAGACAGCCGACGGGGAGCUUCUAGAGCAGGUACACAGUGGUGGAAGGGAACUGACUAUUGUCGAUGUUCAGAAGGGUCCUUUAGCCUCGAAUGAGCUGCCUGUCUAUCAACAGUACUUAGCCACUCAAAGGCAACUCCAAAAUACUGCCCAGGGCAGAGGGAAAACUGAUCUGGAGGAAGCACCCGACGCAUUAGACGAUGCAUCCAGCUCAACAUCCUCCGAGGACUCUGAAUCGGAACAACAAGGCAAAGUGUUGAAUUUUUCAACUUCUCUUGCCCACUCUAAUCGAAACAAACUAGCAUUAACCGAUGCUGACUUGGGCGUGAAUAUUCUUCUCCGACGAAGAAACGUGUAUGAUUAUGACGUGCGCGGGAAGAGAGGUAGAGAAAGAAUGUUUCCCUACGUGGCUCCUAAAAAACGAGGGGACCAAUACGGCGAGUUCAUACGACCCGAAGAGUAUUUGAGGGCUGAAGAGCGUGAAGAGGCACAGAUGCAGGUACAGCGUGGCCCUGAUCGCCACAUACAAUCUGCUCCUGGCCAGAAACGACGGUGGGGUGAGGCUAGAACCGGUGAAAAGUCCAGUCCGAACAAAAAGCAGCACCUCCAGGGCCCAAGAAACCAACAAACCGAUGUUACUCUACCGAACGACUUGAAUCUCAACGGCGUAGACGACUCUGAUACUUCUGACGAAGAACCCGAGAGUCAGGAUGUCUCUGGACCAUCCAAGGUAACGCUAGCUCAUUCAACGAUAAACAUGAAUGCUCGUAUUGCCUACGUUGACUUUGCGGGGCUUCAUGACAAGCGUAGCUUGGAGAUGUUGAUACCCUUAAUCCAGCCUCGCAAACUGAUACUAGUCGGCGGUAUGAAAGAUGAAACUCUUGCGCUCGCCACGGAAUGCCGAAAUUUGUUAGCCACCAAUGCCGGGUUGGAUAUCACUAAAUCCGAAUCUGCUAUCAGCAUUUUUACUCCGCGGCUGGGAGAUACCGUAGACGCUAGCGUGGACACAAAUGCGUGGAUGGUGAAACUUAGCCGCGCCUUAGUUCGUCGUCUGAACUGGCAGAACGUUCGGACUUUGGGAGUCGUAGCGCUUACCGCCAAUUUGAGGGCUCCUGAUGCCCUUGCCGAGGCCGAGGCCGAGGACACCGAUGAACCUUCGAAGAAGAAAGUCAUGCUGCAGAAAGAUUCUGAGGAACAGUCACAGACGGUGGUUGAAAGCCGAGCUAAUGAAGCACUUAUCAAGAAAGAAAUAUUCCCACUGCUCGAUGUUCUGCCACCAAACCUCGCUGCUGCUACACGGGAAGUAUCCAGGCCACUUCACGUUGGCGACCUUAGGCUAGCAGACCUUCGCAAAUUGAUGCAAACGGCAGGACACUCUGCCGAGUUCCGUGGCGAGGGUACGUUGCUUAUUGAUGGUUUCGUUGUUGUGAGAAAGUUUGGCGCCGGGCGGAUCGAGAUUGAAGCUUCGGCACGCCCUUCUCCAGUAAACCCAAAGACAUUACGACAUAAUGAAGGGACCUUUUUAUCAGUGAAGAGAAAAAUUUACGACUGCCUUGCUGUUGUUUCCUGA